AUGGCCCUGGCCCUGUUGGUCUUCGGUCUGCUGGGCUCAGCCUGCUUGGUGUCGGCCAACAUCUUCGGAGGAGCCCCUUCUCUUUUUGUAGAAUACCAAGUGGAUGCCCAGCCUCUUCGGCCAUGCGAGCUGCAGAGGGAAAAGGCCUUUCUGAAGCGAGCGGACUACGUUCCCCAGUGCUCAGAAGACGGCAGCUUCCAGACUGUCCAGUGCGGGGACGGUGGCCGCUCCUGCUGGUGUGUGGGUGCCGACGGCGGGGAAGUGCCUGGCAGCAGGCGGCCUGGGCGGCCGGCCGCGUGUCUGUCAUUCUGCCAGCUGCAGAGGCAGCAGAUCUUGCUCAGCGGCUACAUCAACAGCUCGGCCACAUCCUACCUCCCUCAGUGUCAGGAUUCGGGGGACUACGCACCCGUGCAGUGUGACAUGCGGCGGGAGCAGUGCUGGUGUGUGGACGUGGACGGGAUGGAGGUGUACGGGACCCGCCAGCUGGGGAGGCCGGCCAGAUGUCCAAGGAGCUGUGAGAUAAGAAACCGCCGUCUUCUCCAUGGGGUGGGAGACAAGUCGCCCCCCCAGUGUUCUCCAGAUGGAGGGUUUAUGCCCGUCCAGUGCAAGUUUGUCAACACCACGGACAUGAUGAUUUUCGACCUGGUCCAUAGCUACAACAGGUUUCCAGGUGCAUUUGUGACCUUCAGUACCUUCCGGAGCAUGUUCCCCGAGGUGUCUGGGUAUUGUCACUGUGCUGACAGUCAAGGGCGGGAACUGGCUGAGACAGGUUUGGAGCUGUUACUCGAUGAAAUUUACGACACCAUUUUUGCUGGCCUGGACCUCGCUUCCACCUUCUCUGAAACCACCCUGUACCGGAUAUUGCAGAGACGGUUCCUAGCAGUUCAACUAGUCACCUCUGGCAGAUUCCGCUGCCCCACAAAAUGUGAAGUGGAGCAGUUUACAGCAACCAGCUUUGGUCACCCCUACAUUCCGAGCUGCCGCCGAAAUGGGGACUACCAGGCAGUGCAGUGCCAGAGGGAAGGGCCCUGCUGGUGUGUGGAUGCCCAAGGAAGGGAGAUCUACGGAACUCGGCGGCGAGGGGCGCCGCCAUCUUGUGCUGAAGACCAAUCCUGCACCUCUGAGAGGCGGCAGGCCCUGUCCAGACUCCACUUUGGGCCUUCGGGCUACUUCAGCCGGCACAACUUGUUCUUGGCUCCUGAGAAACAACAGGUCUCUCAGAAGGUAGCCAGAUUUACCACAUCCUGCCCACCCUUGAUCAAGGAGCUCUUUGUGGACUCUGGGAUUCUCCACCCAAUGGUAGAAGGGCAGGAUAAACAGUUUUCCGCCUCAGAAAGUCUCCUCCAAGAAGCCGUCAGAGCGAUUUUUCCCUCCCGAGAGCUGGCUCGUCUUGCCCUUCAGUUUACCACCAACCCAAAGCGACUCCAGCAAAACCUCUUUGGAGGGAAAUUUUUGGUGAAUGUUGGCCGGUUUAACUUGUCUGGAGCCCUUGGCACAAGAGGCACAUUUAACUUCAGUCAAUUUUUCCAGCAAUUUGGUCUCCCAGGUUUCCAGAAUGGAGGGGCACUAGCAGAUCUAGCUGAGCCCCUCUCUGUGGGAUUGGAUUCAAAUCCUGCCACAGAAACCCCCGAAGCCUCUAAGAAGGGUGUUGCUAUGAAUAAGCCCAUUGUGGGCAGCUUUGGCUUUGAAAUCAACUUACAAGAGAACCAAAAUGCCCUGAAAUUCCUUUCUUCUCUCCUGGAGCUUCCAGAAUUCCUUCUCUUCUUGCAGCAUGCUAUUUCUGUGCCAGAAGACGUAGCAAGGGAUUUAGGUGAUGUGAUGGAAGUGGUGCUCAGCUCCCAGGGCUGUGAGCAGACAGCUGGCAGCCUUUUUGUCCCGUCAUGCACUGCAGAAGGAAGCUAUGAGGAUGUCCAGUGCUUUGCUGGAGAGUGCUGGUGUGUGGAUUCCCGCGGCAAAGAACUCCCCGGCUCGAGGGUUAGAGGUGGACGACCCAGGUGCCCCACAGAGUGUGAAAAGCAAAGGGCUCGCAUGCAAAGCCUGUCGAGUAGCCAGCCUGCUGGGUCCAGCUUGUUUGUCCCUUCGUGUACCAGCGAGGGGCGUUUUCUUCCUGUCCAGUGCUUCAACUCAGAGUGCUACUGUGUUGACGCUGAGGGUCAGCCUAUUCCUGGAACUCGAAGCCUACCUGAAGAACCCAAGCAAUGCCCCACGCCCUGUCAGUUACAGGCAGAGCAAGACUUCCUUGUGGCAGUGCGGGCCCUAGUCUCUAAUUCCAGCAUGCCACCCACCCUCUCCAGCAUCUACAUUCCACAGUGCAGCACCAAUGGGCAGUGGAGACGUGUGCAAUGCGACGGGCCCCCUGAGCAGGCCUUCGAGUGGUACGAACGAUGGGAGGCUCAGAACAAUGGCGGCCAGGAGCUGUCCCCUGCUGAACUGCUAGUGAAGAUCAUGGACUAUAGAGAAGCAGCUUCCAGAAGCUUCCGUCUCUUUAUUCAAAGUCUGUAUGAAGCUGGCCAACAACGCAUCUUCCCAGGGCUGGCAAGAUACUCUUCUCUCCAAGAUGUCCCACUGGCAGUGUUGGAAGGGAAGCUGAUCCAGCCUGGAGAGAACAUCCUCCUGGAGCCCUACCUCUUUUGGCAGAUCCUACAUGGCGAGCUCAGCCGAUACCCAGGGCCCUACUCAGACUUCAGCCUUCCUUUGGCACAUUUGGACCUUCGGAGCUGCUGGUGUGUGGAUGAGGCUGGUCAAGAACUGGAAGGAACACGGGCUGAGCCAAACAAGGUCCCAGCAUGUCCUGGCUCUUGUGAGGAAACGAAGCUUCGUGUCCUGCGGUUCAUUAAAGAAACGGAAGAGAUUGUCUUGGCUUCCAACAGUUCUUGGUUCCCUCUGGGAGAGAGUUUCUUAGUGGCCAAGGGAAUCCAGCUGACCAGUGAGGAGCUCAGCCUUUCUUGGCUCUCUCCAUCCCGGGAGACUUUCUUGGAGAAGUUUCUGAGUGGGAGCGAUUAUGCCAUUCGUUUGGCAGCUCAGUCUACCUCUGACUUCUAUCAGAGACGCCGCCUUUCCCUGGGCGACCCCGCACGGGCACCCGCCCUCCUGUGGUCCGGCCCCUACAUGCCCCAGUGUGACGCGCUCGGAAGAUGGGAACCCCUGCAGUGCCACGCCCGGACUGGACUCUGCUGGUGUGUGGAUGAGAAGGGGGGGUAUGUCCCUGCCUCGCUGACUGCCCGCUCCCCGCAGAUGCCCCAGUGUAAGUGA